UAAAAUCGCGUCAUCUUAUCAGUCCUCGAAAUGGCAGUCUGCGGAACAAAACUGUCCCUCUGCUGCGCGGUUCUAAGCGUUUGGGGCAUUGUCCAACUAGGCCUGAUGGGAGUGUUUUUCUACAUCCACUCCUUGGCCUUCGUUGAAGACCUCCCCGUGGGAUUCGGCGAAAAAGACACGAUUGAGGGGUUUUACGACAAAGUGGACACCGCCUACACGCAAGUGGCCUACAAUGUAUGGAUCGCUGCUGGAUUGUACGCCAUUGUGUUGGCCAUUUCAGUACAACAAUUCCGAGCAAACUUACGUAAAUAAUAAUGUAAUGUGUAAAUAAAAUGAGUCAUUUUCUUAUCA